AUGAUGAAGCGUCAUGUAUUCAAGUUUGCCCGCUCGCGUAUGGGCUUUGCAGAUUUCAAUUGCUUCCUGGUGGACUUCGAAACUGGGUCUUGUUCCUCCUCCAGAAACUGUGAUUCUAAGGGUUUACUUCGUCAUCAAAUGAAUGCAUCCGCACCAAGGAUGUGCUCGACUUCUUGUGCUAAGGUACCAGAAGAUCUUCCAAAAGACAACCCUGUUUCUGAUAUGUUGCUUGAUUCAUUUGGAAGGCUCCACACUUACUUGAGGAUCUCCCUGACCGAACGUUGCAAUCUGCGAUGUCAAUACUGUAUGCCAGCUGAGGGUGUGGACCUCACUCCCAGCCCUAAAAUUCUUUCACAGAAUGAGAUUGUUCGCUUGGCAAAUCUGUUUGUAAGCUCAGGAGUGGAUAAAAUUCGUUUGACUGGAGGGGAGCCAACCGUAAGGAAAGAUAUCGAAGACAUAUGCUUACACUUGUCUAACUUGAAUGGAUUAAAAACACUGGCCAUAACGACCAAUGGAAUUACUCUUGCAAGAAAACUUCCCAAGCUGAAAGAAUGUGGGCUUACUUCUGUGAAUAUUAGUUUAGACACGUUGGUCCCUGCAAAGUUUGAAUUUAUGACCAGGCGUAAAGGGCAUCAAAAGGUUAUGGAAUCAAUUAAUGCUGCCGUAGACCUUGGAUAUAAUCCUGUUAAGGUAAAUUGUGUGGUGAUGCGUGGAUUCAAUGAUGAUGAGAUUUGUGAUUUUGUAGAGCUGACACGUGAUAAACCGAUUAAUAUUCGAUUUAUUGAAUUCAUGCCUUUUGAUGGAAAUGUUUGGAAUGUUAAAAAACUGGUACCCUACUCGGAAAUGUUGGAUAGAGUGGUAAAACGGUUUCCAGGUCUAAAGAGACUUCAGGAUCACCCAACAGAUACAGCCAAGAAUUUCAGGGUAGAUGAGCAUGCUGGUGCGGUUUCUUUUAUCACGUCAAUGACUGAGCAUUUUUGUGCUGGAUGCAAUAGAUUGCGACUCUUAGCUGAUGGAAACUUCAAAGUCUGCUUAUUUGGUCCUUCUGAGGUGAGCUUAAGAGAUCCCCUUCGUCAAGGUGCUAAUGAUCAUGAACUCAGGGAAAUAAUCGGGUCAGCGGUGAAGAAGAAGAAAGCUUCACACGCUGGAAUGUUUGACAUUGCAAAGACAUCAAAUAGGCCUAUGAUACAUAUUGGUGGCUAA